UUUGCGCUUUAGGGCGUAUAUUUUCGUGCUAUGUUGCAUGGAGGGGAGCGCGGCGGCUACCUGGCGGCGGAGAUGGAUCUUCUCGGCGGCCAGGUGAGAUCGCCCGGGAAUCACCACCACCACCACGGCCUGGGCGGCGCGGUGGAGGAGAUUGAUCUGGAAAUGGGGGCCGCGGCGGGGGUUGUGGACGAUGCGAGCUUCGCGCGGGCGGCAUUUGCGGUGGUGUCCUCGUCGCCCGAGGCGUCUGCGAAUCAGCAGGCGAUGCAUCACGUCCUGGAUGGAUCGCCGUCGUCGCAGGAGCUAUCGGCGCAGCUCUUGUCGUCGGACAAGCCCCGGAAGAAGAAGAAGGUCGUCAAGAAAUGGAGGGACGAGUGGGCCGACACGUAUAAGUGGGCUUGCGUGCAAAUGGUGGAAGGCUCGUCCAGGAUUUUUUGCUCGGUGUGUAAGGAGUAUGGACGCAAGCACAGGAGGAAUCCUUAUGGCAACGAAGGUAGUCGCAACAUGCAAAUGAGCGCUCUCGAGGAGCAUAACAAUAGUUUGCUUCACAAGGAGGCCUUGAGAUUGCAGCUAGCGUCGAAAGACCGGGGAAUUACGCUCUUGGAGAGGCCUAUAUACAUCAAAGCUCUUCUCUCCAAGAGCGCAGAGUCGAUCAUAGAGACUGUCAUUAGAAGGGAUCCUCACGAGAGUGAAUACAUCCAGGCUGUGCAAGAGAUUGUUCACUCGCUCGAGCCGGUUCUCUCCAAGAACAUCCAGUACCUCCACGUAUUGGAAAGCCUCUUGGAACCAGAACGAGUGAUUAUUUUCAGAGUUCCAUGGGUCGAUGACAAGGGAGAGAAGCAUGUAAACCGGGGGUUCCGUGUACAGUUCAAUCAGGCUCUCGGACCUUAUAAGGGUGGUCUUCGUUUCCAUCCGUCUGUUAACUUGAGCGUUCUCAAGUUUCUAGGCCUCGAGCAAACUUUAAAGAAUGCGCUCUCAACAUUCAGUUUCGGUGGUGCUGAGGGUGGCAGUGACUUUGAUCCGAAGGGAAAGUCAGACACCGAGGUGAUGAGAUUUUGCCAGAGCUUUAUGGAUGAGCUUUUUCAUCACAUCGGUCCUAAUCAGGAUACGCUAACUGGAGAUAUUGGCGUUGGAUUCCGGGAGCUUGGUUAUCUCUACGGACAAUAUCGGCGACUGACUGGAGAAUUUGAGUGUGCUUUAGUUGGAGGCCGGAACUUGCUUGCAAACUCCAAUUUACAUGCAGAAGCUGCUGGUCAUGGCCUGGUGUAUUAUGCCAAACAUGUUCUGGCGGACUUGAACAGGGAUAUCAAGGGCUUAAGGUGCCUUAUCAGUGGGUCGGGUAAGCUUGCGAUGCACGUCAUGGAGAAGCUUAUAGCUGUAGGAGCGGUCCCCGUUUCCUUAUCUGAUUCCAAAGGUUUUUUACUUGACGACGAAGGAUUCGAUGGGUCCAAAGCCAUGUUUCUAAAGGACAUGAAGUCGCAGCAAAAGCCUCUGAGGGAGUAUACAAGGAGAUACGUAAGAGCGAAAUAUUUUGACGAUGCCAGGCCUUGGGGCGAGAAAUGUGAUCUCGCAUUCCCUUGUGCUACACAGAACGAGCUUAACCAUUCUGAUGCACUGGCAAUUAUCUCUUCAGGAUGUCAUGUAAUUGUGGAAGGUUCUGAUAUGUCUUGCACGGCGGAAGCUAUCGACGUGCUUAGGAAGUCGAAGAUAAUCGUGGCUCCUAGCAAAGCUGCAAAUGCUGGAGGAGUAGCGGUUUCGGGGCUGGAGAUGGCUAGCAAAAGCAACCAAAUGCAUUGGACUGGCGAAGAAGUUGAUACCAAGUUACAGGAGCUCAUGAGGGACAUCUAUCAAAAGUCCGUGGCAGCAGCUGCAGCGUGUGGCCACUCUAAAGAUGGGCCAGAAGCUCUAGUCCACGGUGCCAACGUAGCUGGAUUCUUGCGUGUCGCGCAGGCGAUGCUUGAGCAAGGAUGCGUGUAAACACGCGGUGCUAGCUAUCAAGGGACGACCAAAAGGAGGACAUUUACAGGUGAGACCCUGGGUCAGACGAGCUCAAUGGAGUCAUUUCGCUUUCGGCAAAGCCUCGCAGCUUAGACCACCUGUACUGCUCUGGCCAGUAUCU